GGGAGGGCUAGUGAAGUUUGCAGCCUUCUCAGAGAGAGACUUGGAGCCCGCCCCAGCCCGCCUCGCGUAAUGUUGCGUAACUCCAUCCCGCCAAGAGGACGGGAAGCGGCUUCUUGCGCCUCCGACAGAGAAUGGCCACAAGUUUAACGGUGCUGUGGCUGCGGCUGCUGCUGGGAGCUGCUUUUCUGGCCUCUCGGUCUCUCUGGGCAACUGCAGCGGAGCCUCCCCCGGCGGUCAGUGCGGAAAGGAGCCUGGUUUGGGGGCCGGGCCUGCGAGCUGAACUCGCCCUGCCCGUCCGGUAUUUCUUCAUCCAGGCGGUCGGCAGCGACGGAGGCAACUUUACGCGCUCCCCGCCAGGGAGAACACAGUUUAGAGUGAUAAUCAAACCAAUCUCCCCAAAAGAAGUCAUCCAGAUGCAUGUCCCAGAGCUUCUGGAUAGGAAUGAUGGAUCCUUUCUUAUGCGAUAUCGGAUGUAUGGAAGUGUCACGGAAGGGUUAAAAAUUGAGAUACUUUAUGGUGAUGUACAUGUUGCUCAAUCUCCAUAUAUUCUGAAGGGUCCAGUUUAUCAUGAAUAUUGUGAAUGUCCAGAAGAAAAUGCUCAGACUUGGGGGGAAAGUCAUUCGUGUCCAUCAGAGGAACCUCAGAUUACGAAGGACUUCAGUGGAUUUCCUAGCAUUGAUCUUCAGCGGAUGUUGAAUGAAGUUCCACUAAGGUUUGGCCAAAGAAUGGGAGCCAUUGUUCAUUACACUGUCCUUGGUAAUCGCAUCUAUCGUCGUUCCUUGGGGAAGUACACAGACUUCAAAAUGUUCUCAGAUGAAAUGUUGCUGUCUUUGACGAGGAAGGUCCGUCUACCGGAUGUGGAAUUUUAUCUUAAUGUUGGCGAUUGGCCAGUUGAACAUCGGAGAGCAAAUGACACUCCCAGCCCCUUACCUAUCAUUUCAUGGUGUGGCUCUGAGGAUUCAGCUGACGUAGUACUUCCAACGUAUGAUGUAACCCACUCGACCCUGGAAACCCUACGCGGUGUCACAAAUGAUCUUCUGUCGAUUCAAGGAAACACAGGACCGGUCUGGGACAACAAAACUGAACAAGGGUUUUUCAGAGGUCGGGAUAGCCGGGAAGAACGGCUUCUGCUGGUGCAGCUCUCCAAGGAAAACCCAGAAUUGCUCGAUGCUGGAAUAACAGGUUACUUCUUCUUCAGAGAGAAAGAGAAGGAGCUGGGAAAGGCUCCACUGAUGGGGUUCUUUGACUUCUUUAAGUACAAAUAUCAAGUGAGCAUAGAUGGCACGGUUGCAGCCUACAGGUUCCCAUACCUCUUACUGGGUAACAGUCUUGUGAUGAAGCAGGCUUCACGAUACUAUGAGCACUUCUACGUGGACCUGGAAGCAUGGCGCCAUUAUGUUCCAGUGAAAAGAAACUUAGAAGACUUGAUAGAAAAAAUAAAAUGGGCUAAGGAAAAUGACGAAGAAGCCAGAAAAAUUGCUAAGGAAGGGCAGAUGGCUGCAAGAGAAGUCCUGCAGCCGCACCGGUUUUAUUGCUACUAUUUCAAAGUGUUCCAGAAAUAUGCCGAACGCCAAGCCAGUAAACCUGAAAUACGAGAUGGAAUGGAAUUUGUACCUCAGCCUGAUGACAGGGCUUCGGUCUGUGACUGUCACAAGAAAAAGCCUUCAAGGGAAGAGCUAUAAGGAACUGUGCCAAAAGAGGAUCAAGCCGAGCCUGUUGCAAGAGUGAUGCAAUGGCAUUCAAGCUGUGAAAUCUGGAGCAGAGGAGUAUUUAGACAGCUUUUCCUCACUUUGGUUUCCCCCACAAGUUGCAGUGUGUGUUUUUUUUAAACACAUGAACUGGGAAUUUAUGGCACACUAAGAAGUCCUCAGACAAACCAUUGUGAAGGCUUUUGCACUUCACUUAUUUGCAUCUUAAUGGCCACAGAAGGUUAUAAUAAUAGCAGACAGUUCUCUAAAGCACUUUUGAGUGUUGAGAGUCCCAGAGUUUGUCUCAAUUAUCCUUACAACAGCUCUCUAAAGGAGGUCAGUGUUAUAAUCUACAUACUACAGAUGGGGGCUAAGGUGGAGAGGACAGUGGCUUGUCUAGAUCACCAAUUCAUGGCUGGGAUCAGCUUUGAAUUGAAGACUGCUCAGCAAACUCCCUUAGCCAUUUACCAACCUCAUCCUUGUAUAUGCUAAUUUCCUUCUAGCUGCGGACAGAAAUGGAACAGAUUCUCCAUAUUCAUGAUCCCUCCUCAGACAUUUUGUUGUACCUGCAUUUAGAUAUCUGCACACACAUACACCAAGUAUGUGUGAAUGACUAUACCUGCAUUCAUGGGUACAGGCCCCUUCAAGUGCAGGAUACAGAUAGGAAGUGUACUGCUGUACCUGCAUUCAACAUAACAGCAUACAUAAAAACAUAGGAAGCUGCCUUAUACGGAGUCAGACCAUUGUUCCAUCUAGCUCAGUAUUGUCUACACUGACUGGCAGUCACUUCUCCAAGGUUGCAGCCCUUUCUUGGAGAUGCCUGGGAGGAAACUUUGAACCUUAUGCAUGAAAGUAUGCAAAUGCUCUUCUCAGAGCAGCCCCAUCCCUAAGGGGAAUAUGUUAACAGUGCCCACAUGUAGUCACCCAUUCAAAUGCAAAGCAGGGUGAGCCCUGCUUAGCAAAGGGUGUGACAAUUCAUGCUUGCUACCACAAGACCAGCUUUCCUCCCUCCUGUACAUAUGUACAGAUCUCUACACAGAUUGUAAAAGUGUUGAACAUAACACAUGAAUAGGGCUAACAUCUAGAUCUCUGAUUAUGGUGUUUCGUAGGUUGGAAUCCUAAAAGGUGCUCUGCACAUCACACACAAUGAAGUAGUCACAUUCUGGACUGCAGAAUGCAAGUGCAUAAGGUGGGGUUAAUUUUUUUUAUGCUUUCCUGUGCAAAAGAAAACAGCUUCCCUACAAGUAUUGCUUCAGCUACCAACUCGGCAGGUAGCCUUCAUUCCCCCCUUUGCAAUAUGGGAUAAUACUACCAACCUACUCUACAGCACUGAUUUUCAAACUACUUCUUUCCAUGCAACCCAGUUGAAGGUAGACAUUUAUCUGCAUGACCCCAGACAAUAAUUUAUUCACAUAAGAGUGUUCAUAAAAUCACAGUAGGCAAUACAUGCUAGGACAUAUUGAUUGCAUCUUGCAGGUUCUGUCUCCAUAGCAGUGAGCGAGAAAACAUUCAGAUUGGCUACAUUCAAAACCGCUACAUGGUGCACACAGUGCAUAAACUUAAACUGAGCAAUUGACCAGAAACUAGCUAUUAAUCCGAUACCUGAAUGACUGUUAAGAGUGUUGAGGGCAAUAUCUCAAGAGAUGAUAAAAAUUUAAUCAACAAGGGAUCCAGUGACUAAUAUCCCACAUGCUGUACUUUGAAAACCACUGCUCUUCAGGGUUGUUGUAAGGAUAACAGAUAAUAUGUGAAGUGUUUCAAGUACCCAAAGAACAUUAUAAAAAUGCUAAGUAAGCACAUGGAUCGAUAUAAAAGCCCUUGUGUAUAAAAAUAUUUCAGAUUUCAAACUAACACAUCUGAGGGAAAGCUAGGAUUAAACCGUCACCCCUUCAUUUUGAAUAUAAAUUUUGUAUUGUGGGAAGAAGGGGGGAUACAGACUUCUGUCCAUCGCCAGCAUGCUGGAGUGGUAAAUUUCAUCACCAGAUUAUGUCAUGUACUGCAUGUCUGCUGCUCAAGUAGUUUGACUCCAAGUGACUGGCACCUGCUUUGUCAUAGGCUUAUACCAGCAUGAAAGGGUUGUUGAUAUCAAUCAGAUGUUCUGGGGGAGCACCCACAGGUCAGUGAUACAAUGCAACAUUUGAUUGAUUGAUUGAUUGAUUGAUUGUUAAAUUUAUACCCCGCCUUUCAUUAAGAAAAUCUCAAGGCUGUUGCAUUUAGAUGAACCCAGGUUCUAUCUCCAUAAUUGGGCUUGAGGAAGACCUUGAUCCAAGAAAGAGUCUGGUUUCUAAUUACUAUCCUAAUGACAGAACUGGGCUACAGUACAUGGGCUUUUGGUCUGGUAUUUGAUAAUUUAAGGCAGCUAGCUCCUUAUAUAGAUAAUGGCCUACAUGUUGACCAGUCAACUGCUGCUAUAAAGGAGCUGUAUCUCUGCACAGCAUAGCUUCUCCAAGCUCAGCUGACAUCUUGUGGAGUAGUAGAACACACACAGGGUGAGGGCAGAGCAGUUUGUGCUGCUUCCCCUGUCUCAGUUAGUGCCCAGAAAUAUGUCCCUGAGUGCAGCCUUCAGGGACAUAUUUCUGGAUGGCAAAGAGCACCAGAGGUGGGGUGUGUGUGUGUGCUGCAAAAAUCCCUCGCCUCAUGCACACUGCUGCUUUACAAAAUGUCGGUCAAGCUUGGCGCAGCCAUGCUGCACAGAGAUGCAGCAGCCUUACAGCAGUGAAUGGCUGCUCAACAGGAGGGCCAAUAUAUUUGUAUAAUAUAAAUACUUUUCUGAACUUUUGAUUAUCUAAAUAUUUGGCAUGUUUUCCAGACCAUGCAGACCAAUGAGACUGCACUCUGUUUUAACAUUAUUCUCCAUAAAUGGUCUGGUAGACAGAUGAAAUCAUAGCCUUACUGAGUAACUAUUAUACGUGUUGAAAUCUGUCUAUGGCUUCAGUGUUAUUAGCACAAAUACAAGUUGCAUCUUGAUUUCAAAACACACACCUACCUCUGGAUAAAGAGUUGCCUAACAGGAUCUUUAAAUUAGGUCACUAUGCAAAGCACCAAAAUAUCUUUUGAAGUUCUGUGUAACUAGACUCCCUUUCCCCCUAUGAACAGGAAAUAAAGGCUCAGAUUAACCUGCCAAAACUUUAAUAGAAAUCAGUCAUGAAACUGAACCACAACACCAACAGAGUUAACUGUUUGUUCACAGGAGCCAAGGAUUUCCAUUCAUCAAAGCCACUUGGUGGAACAAACUCCGCUAUUGCUCAUUUGCUGAACUAAAAGGGUGGGGGGGGGGAGAUGGGGGAGAGUACGGCCUGAAAUUCAACCAAGCCUGGUUCAGGAUGGUAUUGCCUAUUCUAGGACAAUUUUGCUUGCUUGUACAUCAAACCCACACUUAUAAGCUAUAAGUCUUUUCAAAAAUUACAUAGGGUGACACUGAUACAGUGCUAGAUUGAUGACACACACAGAAGCAUUUGGGUAAUUUAUACUUUGGGAUGCUCAACUCCUUAUUUAAAAGGUACUGAUAUGUUUGAUAGCAAAAACUUUGCAGAGGAUUUAAAUGAACCAUGACCACAAUACAGAAACAUUUAAACAUGUCUUAGAUUGUCAUCUUAUGCAAACAUCAUGGUGAAAAGCCCCACUGAUUGCCUUGCAAAGAAUUAAACUGCAUGGCUCACUGAUGGCAGAGAGAAAAUGUAAGCAUGUUUUUUUAACUUCCCCUAAUGAAAAUAAAUAGGACUUAAGCUGCAGUCCUAUGUAUUUUACCUAGUAAGUAGUAAGCACAGUGGAUCUUAUUUCUGGGUAAACAUGUAUAGGAUGGUUAUGCUGCACAAAGUGCCAAUUUAGGCUACUGUAACAUGGCCCUCAUUGAUGAUGAUAUGAUAUAAUACAGUAUUAGCCGACUAUACAGCAUCAGCCGACUAUACAGCAUCAGCCACAGAUAACCAGCUUCAAUAAGAGAGGUUCUUAAAAGCAAUUUCAGCUAAUUUUGAACAUCUUUGUUUGUUUUUAGUUUCUUUGGCCUGUAAUCCAACAGAAUUCUUGACACCCAUUCUUUAAAUAUUUCUAGUGUCCUCUCUAUUUAUGACUGACUCAAAGGUCCUUAGGUCUUUGUAGCAAAACAAGAAUUUCGCCUGCAAAUCUGGCCCUUUUUAUGGCCUUAUUUUUUAUGGCUUCUUCUUUUCCUACUUCAAAGUUUUGUACUGUCUGAAAUAAAUUUAGAACAAUAUUUUUCAACCUGCUCAGCAAUUUCUUUAUAUUUCCAUCUAUUUUAAAAAGAGCUAGAAAUUAUCCUUAUGGACAUAUAACCAAAGCACCUGUGGGUGAGAGGGAGGUACUGGCAGACUCAGGGUAACCUGUGGAUAUGUUGGUUUCACAAAGAUCUGAAGAAAGAAACUAAGGGGGCAAAAAACUAACCACCCAAAUCUGCCCCACUGUAACUCAAUAGAGUGGAAUAUUUCCAGACCCAGAGAGCAGUUUACAAGCAAUCAGGUGAACAGAGCUAAUGGAACUCAGUGGCAAGGAGGAGGGGAAAGGGGGCUUGAACAAAAAACGGGAAACUUCUCCUCAUGAGUAAUGCUCAUAGGAAGCUGCCUUCUACAUAGCCAGACCAUUGGCCCAUCUAGCUCAGUAUUGUCUACUCUGACUGGCAGCAGCUUCCCCAAGGUUUCAGGGAGGAGUCAUUCCUAGCCCUACCUGGAAAUGCCAGGAUUAAACCUGGGACCUUCUGCAUACAAAGUGGAUGCUCUACUACUGAACUGUGGCCUCACCUCCAAAGGGUCUCCCAUCCAGGCACUGGCCACACUAAGACCUGCUUAGCUUCAGCAAAGUGGCUGUAUUGUGUGUCCUUACACCAUACUCUGGUAUCCAAGACAGUCACCGCCCCUUCCACAUCUGAGGGGAGAAAGUGCCGGAAAAAAGCAUAGGCUCAGGUAACGUGCACACUAGGGAUAUAUAUGCUGCAACAUAUUGUUGCGGGACCAUAUUUGUAUUUAUUAUUUCCUAAGUCUGUUUUAAAAGGUACUACUGUGCAGUACCUAUGCUGCACAGAAAAAGACAGAACAGGGCCCUGCCUGGAGUAGAACUGCCCAGCUCGAGGCCUACCAAGCCAAACACAGCCCACUGGCUAUGUAUGGUGGAAUGGGUGGUCAGUUGUUUGAAUGGGUGGUCAGUUGUGUGGUCACCUUCACUCUUGUCAUACAGGAAAAACAUGGUUCAAUCCACUUGGUGUGCCACAAAUUGUGCAGGCAUAAUUUAAACAAACAGAUACAGAAAGGAAGAGCAAGGCAAGACAAUGGAGGAAGAGUCACGUAUUUAUCAUUAUUUACUAGCUUGUGUAUAUAAUUAUUGUUGGUUUUAUUCUUGUGAAAUACAUUGAAAUUAAAAUAAACAUUACUUCUGCCACUCAUUCUCAUGGA